UAGUAAUUCUGCAUGAUAUAUUAAAUCGUGAAAAAUAAAUUUUAGAUAAGCAAUUUACUCAAAAUUGAAUAUGCGUCCGUGUUUUUUUAUACAUUUUUUUUUAUACGUAUAUAAGAGAAAAGGCUCUUCGUACGUUUUUUAUCAACCAAUCAAGAUAUGACAAUUGCGGGCGAUUAUAUAAAAUAACCAAUUGCAAAAAAUGUUAAAAAACAUCAAUUCUAAUGCGACGGACUCUGUUGCAUAAUUUAAUUAGCAGACUCCCUGCUGGUGCUUCCAAUUAAUUGGUUAAUUAAGGCAUAAACUAUAUAGUCCGAAAAAUCUAUAAAAGAAGGAGGUUUUCGGCACUAGUUUCAGCACUAUUGUUACACGAUUGGAAGUUGAAGACAACAUCAUGUUCAAAUACACUGCUAUUUGGAAUGAAAUUUACGAUAAAUUUGCCAUAGAGAUCAGCGUUGAUACGCAUUACCGGUUUAUGAAAAGGUAUCACAAAACGUUUACAGGAUCAUCAGCAAUUGAUGCCAUGCUUCGAGUCUUACGAUCUAUGCCACAUUUCGAGCACGUAACAGCGAAACAGUCUAAGUUGAUUCUCAACAAAUUAUUACAAAGUAAGGUUAUCGAAAACGCUGAACGACCGGGUAAAGUUAAGAAAUUUUUACCAAAAUAUUUAUACAGAUUCUGCAAUAUAAAAUUCAACGAUCAACCAGAAAUUAAGAAUUUAUUAAAAACGGUCGUGAGGAUUGGCACUAUGAUUGAUGUUAUUGAUGGAACAAAUGAUAGCCAAACAAGUUGCCAAACAAUGAAUAAAAUGAUGAGUUAAAUCGGUGUUAGCUCUUAUAUUUAUUGACAUUUAAAUCAUUUUUUCGAAUAUUCAUUUCUAGUCAGUGGUGUUGCUAUGUAGUUUGAUAACACAUUUUUAGGUAUUUUUUUAUCGCAAAAGUGAUGUUAUUGUAAUGUAAAAUCUGAUGUAUAUGUAUAUAAAUAUUCAGUUUGAUGAA